AUGUCAUUAGACAUAUGUGGAGCAAUAGUGGAUCCAUCUAGUGACAAUCUUGAACAUGAGGUCACAGUUGUGGCGAUGGCAGAUGCUAGGGAGGUAGAGAAAGGAAAAGUUUUUCGUAACAAGGAGAUAAUGAAAUUGAGCUUGUCAUUUUAUGCAAUCCAAAACAUGUUUGAGUACUUGGUUGUUCGGUCCAAUAAGAAAGACUAUCUCGUAAAAUGUUCACGUGAUGAGUGUAAUUGGACAUGUAGAGCAUCGAAGUUAGCCAAAAUAGAUAUGUUUAAAAUCAGACACAUUGUAGAAGGUCACAUAUAUGCUUCAAACAUCAUACUCAGUACUCAUAGGCAAGUGACAAAGACAGUUGUGUCAACCUGCAUUAAGUACAAGUACACUUCAUCGCGCACCAUAUACACACCGAAUGAUAUACGCAACAACAUGCUGCAUACAUAUGGAGUAUCUUUGAAUUAUGUCAAAGCUUGGCAAUCUCGAGAGGAAACUCUGAAAGUGCUAAGGGGUGAUCCAACUGAUUCAUUCAAUAAGAUACCAGCCUUUUAUUCAGUGCUACAACAAACAAAUCCUGGAUCAGUCACAAGUCUAGAAAUUGAUGGUCACAAUAGGUUUAAAUAUUGCUUCAUGGCACUAGGUGCAUCUAUACGAGGAUGGAAACAUUGUAGGCUAGUUGUUGUGGUUGAUGACACAUAUCUAAAUGGACACUAUGGUGGCACCUUAUUCACAGCAUGUAUACAAGAUGCAAAUAACAGCAUUUAUGUACUUGCUUUCAGGAUUGGGGAUAACGAGAAUGACAGCUCCUGGACAUGA